AUGGGUUCUGGGUCCUCGGUCCCUGAAGCACCAGCGAAGGUUGAGGAUUGGCUCCGUCAAGUCAUCGAAAAGGAAAGGAAAGAGAAGGCAUGGCUGGCAAAGAGAUAUGCUGAGGAGAGCGAGAAGGCCGACGAGCUCCGGUCAGAGCUUGAAGCGCUCCGCCGGCUUCUACCAGGAUCCACGGAAGCUGAUGCAAGCGCCGUCCAGAGGCCUACCACACCGAACAGACUCUCGAAGCCAGGGGUGAUCCAGAAAGCCGUGAACGACGUCCACCUGAUGUCGACGACGGAUGAGUUCGGGAGGCUGUCGCCGAAGCUAAAUCGCCGAGUUUCGAUCAACAGCCGUCCAAGCUUCCAGUCUCUAGGAAGCGGCAGCUCUAACAAGGAGCAGUGA